AUGCGAACUUCUACCCUUCUAGCAGUUGCCAACCUUGGCACGGCCUUUGCUGCCGUUCAGAUUUACGGCCAGUGCGGUGGAGGUGCUUUCACCGGAGAGACCGACUGUGCUGAUGGCUCUACCUGUGUCGAGAUGAACGAGUGGUACAGCCAGUGUGUUCCCGAGUCCACUGAGGCCCCUGCCACUGAGGUUUCCUCUGUUGAGGAGGAGGAGGAGAACAACGACGCUGAGACCGCUCCCGUGGAGACUUCCGCUCCCGUUGUUCCCUCGCAGCCUGCUGAGGAGGAGGGUGAUGACGAGGAGUCCGCUCCUGUCGAGACCUCUAUUGCUGCUGUCCCCUCUCAGCCCGCUGAGGAGGGUGACAAUGAGGAGUCCACCCCCGUUGUCGAGCCUACCAGCGCCGCUGCUGCUCCCACCUCUGGAUCCGGUAGCGGAUCUGGCUCCGGCUCCGGCUCCGGCUCUGGUGGCAUCACCCGAACCAUUCCCGCCUCCAGCGGCUCUACUGCCGCCGCUACUGCCAUCCCCGUCUCCGGCGAGCUCGACGGUGGCAUGAUGUACUACGACCGAUCCCCCGCUGUCUGCAAGGACCAGUCCGAGACCGGUGAGGACGACGCCAUGUUCAUCCUCGAGGACGGCGCCACCCUCCGCAACGUCAUCAUCGGCCCCGGCCAGGCUGAGGGCGUCCACUGCAAGGGCACCUGCACCCUCGAGAACGUCUGGUUCGAGGACGUCUGCGAGGACGCCAUCACCCUCAAGCAAAAGUCGGGCACCUCCAUCAUCCGCGGCGGCGGUGCCUUCCACGCCUCCGACAAGGUCGUCCAGUUCAACGGCCGCGGCACUGUCGAGAUCUCUGACUUUUACGUCGAGGACUACGGCAAGCUUGUCCGAGCUUGCGGUAACUGCAAGGACAACGGUGGCCCUCGUAACGUUGUUAUUGAAAACAUUGCCGCUGUUGACGGUGGUGUUCUCUGCGGCAUCAACACCAACUACGGCGACACUUGCACCAUCAGCAACUCUUGCCAGGACUCUGGCAAGACCUGCGACCUCUUCGAGGGUAACUCUGAUGGCUCUGAGCCUACCAAGCUCAGCAGCGGCCCCGACGGCACCUCUUGCAAGGCCGAUUCCUUCUCCGAGACCUGCUAG